AUGCUCUGCUCUCGGGUCCAGACUCUCCUGCAGCGCCGGCGCAAGCAGAAGACGGCCAUGGAGAUUUCUGCUCCCUUUGACCUCAAGCAAGAGCCCGUCUCGCUGCCCGGAGUCUCCGAAGACGAGUAA